AUGAUCACUGCUUCUACAGGAUCUCAAGCUUGCGCUGCAUGUAAAUACCUCCGCAAAAAAUGUGCAGCUGAUUGUCCUCUCGCCCCCUAUUUUCCUUCCAAUCAUUCCUCUGAUUUUCUCAAUGCCCACAAACUGUUUGGUGUAAGCAAAAUCUUGAAAACUCUCAACAAGCUACGCACUUCCGAGGAGAAGAAGAAUGCCAUUAAGUCUAUGAUCUAUCAAGCUAAUGCUCGUGCUAGAGACCCUGUUGGCGGAUGUUCCCGAAUUAUCUCUCAAUUGAAAAAUCAAAUUGAAUUUUAUCAGCUCCAGCUUAGUCUUGUUCGCCAGCAGAUUGAAUUCCAUCAGCGACUCCCUUUGAAUGAUGAUUUGCAGGUCUCCCCAAUUGAUAUAUAUGACGCUACCACACUUGAGUCUAGUGGAUAUCCAACACCAAGUAUUGUUCAGAAGAGGAGUUACCAGAUUGAUGAUGCUGUUGCCAAUAUUGACAUGGAGAAGUUAUCAUUAUCUGGUUUGAGUGGACAUGGUAGCCAACCAUCAUCAUCUGGUAAUGAGGCUGUUGCAGUGGAUGCAAGCCAAGAUGUUAAACCAUUUCUUGGUGAGUUCCAUGAGAGAGAUAACACAGUUGGACUCUUAAAGAAUUAA